CGGCGGCCACCACCCGCCGCUAGCGACGCGCCGCGCUGCCGCGGUGUGACCCCAGCCGGCGCCAAGGUGUCCCACUUCGGCAUCGCCGCGUCCCGAUACUUUAGUGCCAGUGCCCAGUCGCGGAGCAUGCAGAAGCGCGAGGGCAAGGAGCGGUCGGGCGCCGACGCGGCCCGGCACGCGGCCGCCCGGCCUAGUGCCACCAACCGGACCAACGUGCACAGCACGGGCUCGCGCCAGGCCGGCCCCGGCUCCGGCUCGGCCGCCUCGGGCGUGCUCAUGGUCGGCCCCAAUUUCCGCGUGGGCAAGAAGAUCGGGUGCGGCAACUUCGGCGAGCUCCGGCUCGGCAAGAACAUCUACAACAACGAGCAUGUCGCCAUCAAACUGGAGCCGAUGAAGUCGAAAGCUCCACAGCUCCACCUGGAGUACAGGUUUUACCGGCAGCUGGGCAGCCACGAAGGCAUACCAGAGGUCUAUUACUAUGGUAUGUGCAAUAGCAAGUACCGCGCGCUAACCCUGGAGCUGCUCGGACCCAGCCUAGAAGACGUGUUUGACAUUUGUAACCGGCGCUUCUCACUUAAAACUGUGCUCAGCAUAGCUGUCCAGCUAUUACAUAGGAUAGAAUUUGUCCACUCCAAACACCUCAUAUACCGAGACGUGAAGCCCGAGAACUUCCUCAUAGGCCGGAGCUCAAACAGAAAAGACAAGGUCAUCCACAUCAUAGAUUUCGGCCUGGCCAAGGAGUACAUCGAUCCGGAGACGAACCGCCACAUCCCGUACCGGGAGAACAAGAGUCUGACCGGCACGGCGCGCUACAUGAGCAUCAACACGCACCUGGGCAGGGAGCAGAGUCGGCGGGAUGACCUGGAGGCGCUGGGUCACAUGUUCAUGUACUUCCUGCGCGGCAGCCUGCCCUGGCAGGGCCUGCAGGCCGAGACACUCAAGGAGCGGUACCAGAAGAUCGGCGACACCAAGCGGGCCACGCCGAUCGAGGUGCUCUGCGAGAACUACCCCGAUGAACUGGCCACCUACCUGCGGUACGUGAGGCGGCUGGACUUUUUCGAGAUGCCCGACUACGACUACCUGCGCAAGCUGUUCCAAGACCUGUUCGACCGCAAAGGCUACGUCGACGACGAGGAGUUCGACUGGACGGGACGCACCAUGUCGACGCCGGUCGGCUCUCUGCAGACCGGUCAGGAGGUGAUCGUGUCGCCGAACCGAGAGCGGCAUCCCACCACCAACAAGUUACAUAGGAUAGAAUUUGUCCACUCCAAACACCUCAUAUACCGAGACGUGAAGCCCGAGAACUUCCUCAUAGGCCGGAGCUCAAACAGAAAAGACAAGGUCAUCCACAUCAUAGAUUUCGGCCUGGCCAAGGAGUACAUCGAUCCGGAGACGAACCGCCACAUCCCGUACCGGGAGAACAAGAGUCUGACCGGCACGGCGCGCUACAUGAGCAUCAACACGCACCUGGGCAGGGAGCAGAGUCGGCGGGAUGACCUGGAGGCGCUGGGUCACAUGUUCAUGUACUUCCUGCGCGGCAGCCUGCCCUGGCAGGGCCUGCAGGCCGAGACACUCAAGGAGCGGUACCAGAAGAUCGGCGACACCAAGCGGGCCACGCCGAUCGAGGUGCUCUGCGAGAACUACCCAGAUGAACUGGCCACCUACCUGCGGUACGUGAGGCGGCUGGACUUUUUCGAGAUGCCCGACUACGACUACCUGCGCAAGCUGUUCCAAGACCUGUUCGACCGCAAAGGCUACGUCGACGACGAGGAGUUCGACUGGACGGGACGCACCAUGUCGACGCCGGUCGGCUCUCUGCAGACCGGUCAGGAGGUGAUCGUGUCGCCGAACCGAGAGCGGCAUCCCACCACCAACAAGGGCGGCAAGGCGGCGGCCGCCUGGCCCGACUCACACCGGGCCUCCAAUAACCUGCUGGGGGGCAUGCUGACCCCGGCAGACCGGCACGGCUCUGUGCAGGUGAUGAGCUCGGCCAACGGUGAGCUGGGGGCCGACGACCCGACGGCCGGCCAGAGCAACACGCCGAUCGCCGCGCCGCCAGACGUGGAUGUGGUCGACGAAACUAAGUGCUGCUGCUUCUUCAAGCGGAGGAGGAAGAAGUCGCGCGGCCCGAAGUGACUGGUGCUGGCGUGGGGCCGUGGCCGGGGGCAGCAGCAGGAGGCCGUGGCCGUCCUGCUGUCGGCGUCGCGCUCCGCCUCGCCGGACACGGCGCUCGACAAGUAGCACCGCCGACGCGGCCCGUCGGCGGCGCCGGCGCGCGUGCCCGGGCCGCCGCGCCCCCACCGUGGGUGUACAUAGAGAGAGACAGUGCGAGGGGACGGCGCCCGCCGGCGGCGGACAGCUCACUGCUACCUGUGAUUUCGUUUCAUUUUCUCUCGUCCUGAUUCCCAGCGGGUCGUUUUAGCGUCCCGAAAUCGGCCGAUAUUACUGAUUGUGUGCCACUUAGGCGUGCCAUCAUUUGUACGUAUUCCUAGGUGCGACAGUGAUUUUAUUUAAUUAUAAAUCCAGUGCAUACACUAAUUGGUUCUGAUCGCCUCUGCUGUGCGCGGCCUGACGUGUUCCAGUUGAUUUAAUACCUAGCCGUAAGCGUCAUUGUGAUUCCGGCCCCCUGGCCGGCCCGUGAUACGGCCAAGCACUACCGUUCACUGUUUUAUUCACUAUUAAAGCAUUGUUACAUCGGCAUAAUGUGUACAAAGGUGAUGAAUAUGACAUGGCUGUAAA